GUGAACCCCCGCUGUGUUUGUUCCAGGGCUCCGCCGGCCUUGGGGGGCCGCCUCGGGACGAGCCGAACGCCAACUUGCCUCGCGUGGUCCGAGCAGGUCCGGGGCAGGGGGCGGCUCCGUGACCUGCCGGCAUGGAUGCGGAGCGACUUUUUGAUGAGGAAAGCAAAAACGGUCGACGCCGGCCAGGGCGAUGUGGCUCUCAAAGGUUUUGACAAAACCUGCCCCGUUCCCUUUGGGGAAUCCGACCGAGGGAGAUUGCAGACACCUUCACUGGGAAGCCAAGGACAUUUCUGUAUAAUCAGCGCAUGAAAGGAUUUCCUCAGACUUUCCCCUUCUUUUCCUUGAGGAUUAAUCCACCGCAAUCUACAAUUCCAGUGGACACCGCGAGGCACAUGAUGUCGCAGGAGCCUAGAGCUCCUGCAGAAGCGUUCUGGACCCUUUCUUUGCACAGGGGAGUUUAACCCAUGCCGCCCGCUGCCCUCCGCGGACUCCCUCCUGCUGAGCUCUUCUCUUGAACCUAUUCUUAUUUUCUGAGUUAAGUUCUGUUUCCAAAACUGUCCCCCGGAGGUCUAAGUGGAUUGCUAGAGAUGAGAGAUUAAGUGCCGGGAGCAGUGGAAGCGCCCUGUGCCGUGUCUUCGGUCCGCUGCCGACAUGAAGUGCUUUUUCCUGGUGCUCAGCUGUCUGGCUGUGCUGGGUAAGGUGACGGCUCAGCGGCAAGUCGCCGUCCAGGAAGGACCCCUAUACCGCACGGAGGGCUCCCACAUCACCAUCUGGUGCAACGUGAGUGGCUACCAGGGCCCCUCCGAGCAGAAUUUCCAGUGGUCCAUUUACCUGCCCUCCGCCCCGGAGCGCGAGGUCCAGAUCGUCAGCACGGUGGACCCCUCCUUCCCUUACGCCAUCUACACCCAGCGCGUCCGCAGCGGGAAGAUCUACGUGGAGAGAGUCCAGGACCACUCGGCCUUGCUGCACAUCACGGAGCUGCAGGCCCGGGAUGCGGGCGAGUACGAGUGCCACACGCCCAACACCGACGAGCGCUACUUCGGGAGUUACAGCGCCAAGAUGAACCUCGUGGUGAUCCCAGACUCUCUGCAGACCACCGCCAUGCCCCAGACUCUGCACAAGGUGGAGCAGGACCCUCUCGAGCUCACCUGCGAGGUGGUCACGGAGACGUUCCAGCACAGCCACCUGUCCGUGGCCUGGCUCCGGCAGAGGGGCAGUGAGAAGCCCGUGGAGGUCAUCGCCCUGAGCCGGGAUUUCGUGCUUCACUCCGGCAGCGAGUACGCCCAGAGGCAGAGCCUGGGGGAGGUGCGGCUGGACAAGCUGGGGAGCACCACCUUCCGCCUCACCGUCUUCCACCUGCAGCCUUCGGACCAGGGCGAGUUCUACUGCGAGGCCGCCGAGUGGGUCCAGGAUCCGGACGGCUCGUGGUACGCCAUGACCCGGAAGCGUUCCGAGGGGACCGUGGUCACUGUCCAGCCCACAGACAAGGAAUUCACCGUUCGGCUGGAGACAGAGAAGCGGCUGUACACGAUGGGUGAGCCUGUGGAGUUCAGAUGCAUCCUGGAGGCUCAGAACGUUCCCGACCGAUACUUCGCCGUUUCCUGGGCCUUCAACAGCUCGCUCAUCGCCAGCAUGGGGCCUAAUGCCGUGCCGGUCCUCAACAGUGAAUUUGCCCAUCGGGAAGCCAAGGGACAGCUUAAAGUGGCCAAAGAGAGCGACAGUGUCUUCGUGCUGAAGAUCUACCACCUCCGCCAGGAAGACAGCGGGAAAUACAACUGUCGUGUGACAGAGAGGGAGAAGACGGUCACCGGGGAAUUCAUCGACAAGGAGAGCAAGCGUCCGAAGAACAUCCCCAUCAUAGUCCUCCCCAUCACAGAUGACUGGGUAGUUAAAGUCCCCCAGAACCACCAGAUCCUGCCCCAAGGCCACUUGGAGAGCAGCGUCUCCGUGGAGGUGGCCAGCAACGCCAGCGUGGUCCUCGAGGGCGAGAACCUGCACCUCUCCUGCAGCGUCCGCACGGCGGGCAGGCCGCAGGGCCGCUUCUCUGUCAUCUGGCAGCUCGUGGACAGGCAGAACCGCCGCAGCAACAUCGUGUGGCUGGACCGGGACGGCACCGUGCAGCCGGGCGCGUCCUACUGGGAGCGCAGCAGCUUCGGGGGUGUCCAGAUGGAGCAGGUGCAGCCCAGCUCCUUCAGCCUGGGCAUCUUCAACAGCAGGAAGGAGGACGAGGGCCAGUACGAAUGCCACGUGACCGAGUGGGUGCGGGCGGUGGAUGGCGAGUGGCAGAUCGUCGGGGAGCGCCGAGCCAGCACCCCCAUCUCCGUCACGGCUCUUGAAACGGGCUUCGCGGUCACAGCCAUCUCCCGCACGCCAGGGGUGACCUACAGCGAUUCCUUUGACCUGCAGUGCAUCAUCAAACCCCACUACCCCGCCCGGGUCCCCGUGUCAGUGACGUGGCGGUUUCAGCCGGUGGGCACCGUCGAGUUCCAGGACCUGGUGACUUUUACCCGGGAUGGAGGGGUCCAGUGGGGGGAUCGGUCCUCCACCUUCAGAACCCGCACGGCCAUCGAGAAGGCCGAGUCCAGCAACAAUGUCCGCCUGAGCAUCAGCCGGGCCAGUGACACGGAGGCGGGCAAGUACCAGUGUGUGGCGGAGCUCUGGCGGCGCAACUACAACAGCUCCUGGACGCGGCUGGCCGAGCGGACCUCCAACCUGCUGGAGAUCCGGGUGCUGCAGCCAGUGACAAAGCUGCAGGUGAGCAAAUCAAAGAGGACCCUCAGCCUGGUGGAGAACAGGCCCAUCCAGCUGAGCUGCUCGGUCAGGUCUCAGACCAGCCAGAACUCCCACUUCGCCGUGCUCUGGUACGUCCACAAGCCCUCGGACGCCGACGGCAAGCUCAUCCUCAAAACCACCCACAGCUCCGCCUUUGAGUACGGCACCUACGCCGAGGAGGAGGGCCUGCGGGCCAGGCUGCAGUUUGAGAGGCACGUGUCCGGGGGCCUGUUCAGCCUCACCGUCCAGAGAGCCGAGGUCAGCGACAGCGGCAGCUACUACUGCCACGUGGAGGAGUGGCUGCUGAGUCCCAACUACGCCUGGUACAAGCUGGCAGAGGAGGUUUCGGGGCGCACGGAAGUCACUGUGAAGCAGCCAGACAGCCGCCUGAAGCUCAGCCAGGCGCAGGGGAACCUGUCGGUUCUGGAGACACAGCAGGUGCAGCUGGAGUGCGUGGUCCUGAACCGCACCAGCGCGGCCUCCCAGCUCGCGGUGGAGUGGUUCGUGUGGAAGCCCAACCACCCGGAGCGGGAGACGGUGGCCCGGCUGAGCCGCGAGGCCACCUUCCACUACGGGGAGCAGGCGGCCAAGAACAACCUGAAGGGCCGGCUGCAUCUGGAGAGCCCUUCCUCGGGCACGUACCGGCUCUUCAUCCAGAACGUGGCCGUGCAGGACAGCGGGACCUACAGCUGCCACGUGGAGGAGUGGCUGCCCAGCCCCAGGGGCGUGUGGUACAAACGGGCCGAAGACACCGCUGGGCAGACCGCCGUUACAGUCACGCGACCAGAUGCUGCCCUGCAGGUGGACACGGUGGUCCCCAACGCCACGGUGUCCGAGAGGGCGGCUUUCCAGCUGGACUGCAGUGUCGUGUCUCGCUCCAGCCAGGAGUCCCGUUUUGCUGUGGCCUGGUUUUCCCUGCGGACCAAGACUGGAGGGAAAAGAGGCAGCCCCGGCCUGGAGGAGCAGGAGGAUGAGGACGAGGACGAGGAGGGAGAGGAGGAAGAAGACCCCACAGAGCGGACGGUCCUGCUGAGCGUGGGCCCGGACGCGGUGUUUGGCCCGGAGGGCAGGCCCUGGGAGGGCAGGCUUCGCUUCCAGAGGCUGUCCCCACUGCUCUACCGCCUCUCGGUGCUGCAGGCCAGUCCCCAGGACACGGGCAACUACUCCUGCCGUGUGGAGGAGUGGCUGCCCAGCCCGCAGAAGGGGUGGUACCGGCUGGUGGAGGAGGAGUCGGCCCCCGUCAGCAUCCACGUUCUGGACACAAGUUCCACCCUGCAGUCUGUCAUCUGCUCCAACGACGCGCUCUUCUACUUCGUCUUCUUCUACCCGUUCCCCAUCUUCGGCAUCCUCAUCAUCACCAUCCUGCUGGUGCGUUUCAAGAGCCGGAACUCCAGCAAAAACUCAGACGGGAAGAACGGGGUGCCCCUGUUGUGGAUCAAAGAGCCGCACCUCAACUACUCCCCCACUUGCCUGGAGCCCCCCGUGCUCAGCAUCCACCCGGGAGCCAUAGACUGAGGGGGUCCCCCCCGCAGACGUGGGCCGCGGGGAGCUCAGGUGCCCCCUUGCUCUGCCCCUCUCCCUGUGACCGGACAGCGAACAGCACCCGAACCCACAGAAGACACUGCCGGCCUGGAGAAGCGUUCACAGCCCCGCGUCAGUCGCAAAGACAGACUGCUUCCAGGUGGCAGUCUGGGUUGGUUAGCUGUUUCCCAGAGAUACCGUCACCCCGCGGAAUUAGGUUUCUUGUUUUUGUUUUUGGUGACGUAGCGAGUAGCUCCAGGUGCCACAUCUACUCACUGGUUUAUAUAGUCUUCUCAGAUAGAUGUUAUGGGGCCUCUCUUUGUAACGGACGCUUUUUGAAUCCCUUUGGUUUGCCGUUUUUGGAUUCUGUAAAGUCGUGGACAAAUUUCUCUUCCAUACAACUGGUGGCAAAAGGAAGGAUGAACUUUCCAGCGCAAAGGAAUCUCUUCCAAGACCUUUUGUUUCUGCACACUUGAAAUGCCACCCAUGGAUCAAAAGACACCCAAACUUUUGUUUUUUUACUUUCUUAACGAGACUCGAAAAUUAGGUGCAGCGUGGGGCAAUUUGUAUCUUAUCUUUUCCUUCAGCUGGAGUUCUUGGAACCACUUUGUAGUCAAGAUGAAAGCGUUGACUUUUGCUUCAAAGAACUGUGUGUGCAAGAGAGAUUUUGCCUAACCCUGUUAGGAGUCCAUGGUGCCUGGCCAGCCUGUCAGGGAGGCAAACAUAGGCUUCCUCCCAACCUUGCCAAAAAAAUAAGAAAACUUCGUUGGAGAACGAGUCAGAUGCUCCAGGCAGCACACACUUUGCAAGCUAAAGUGGGCAGAGGGCUGCUUUUAGCAGCUACUGACUUUCAGAUUGAUCAAAGCCAGUGAUGAGUGAAGGGAGGCAGGCGAGUUGUUGGCUUGAUCUCUUCUGCAAGGGCAGUGUCUGACUGGUAACUGAGCACAUGGGCUUCAGUGUUAAGAUGCUUUGCCAGACUUAAGGGGAAGUGGCCAGUGAGCCUGGGAAGGGGACAGCGCUGAGCUGAGCACACGGGCCCAAGCAGCCACCAUGCACACCAGCAGAGGGCACUGUGGCCUGCUGCUGGCUAAGUUCCCUGAAGAGUGGGACAGUGAGCGGUGGGAGGGGGUUUUCCAGAGCCUGAUGUUGGAGAAUGGGUAGGAAUUACUGCCUCCCUGGAGAUAGGAAAACUAGGCUUGUAUUCUUCCUUUCAGUUAGAUUUUCCUCAAAGAUAUUGAUGUCUUCUCUAUUCACCGUUUAUUUCUCCCUGCUUCUCACUGCCAUACGAACAUCCAGGGGACUUCCACGUGCAGCCCUUUGUAAUCCUUUGCACGACCCAGUCUCGGCAGAAACCAUCACAUGCCUUUGUGGGUUUUUUAACCUUUCCCUCUCUUAGAUCUGUUGCGGUUUUAAGUGAUUUGCUGGUUCAUUGUUAUGGCCCCUUAAAUCCCAAAAAGGGCCAUCGUCACCCUUGUUAUUUUACAUUAUUGUCGAGAAGCAUCGGUUGCAGGAGUUCCCUCUUGCUCACUCCGUGAAGAUGUCCGCAUGCCCUGCCUUUCCCAUAUUUUGCUGGCCGAGAGUGCCAUCUCCCUUCCCCUGAGCUUGCAUCUCGAAUCCCAAGCGAGUUUCCAGUUUGGAAAAAGCCACCAGGGAUUUUGGCACCAAGUCUAACCAGAGAGAUUGCUGUGAAACCCUGUUUUGAGACUGAGCAGACUCCAGGGGAGCUGCAGGGACCCCAGGCCACAUGGGCACUGAUCCUUAUCGAAGUUUCGGGGGUGCAGGUGCUCAGCAGAUGCUUCGCUGGAUCUCAGGUGAGGGGAGGCAAGGCGACCGCUCGGCCAUUCUCUGGCAGGCUCACAAGGACCUGCCUUCUCUCCCAGGAGACAGUGCAGGUACCACCACCUUAAUCCCGCUGGAGCCUCAUGCGCAUUCGCGUUUGUCAUGCCGCAUGAAUGCUUUAGAGGUGCAGUCAGCUCAGCGGUAAGAAAAGCAGUGUUUUCCCCAUUCCUUAAUUUCAGGGGUGUGACUUUUCAGUGGGAAAUUGCUGACUCCUAAUUUAGGGACUGAGUCCAUCUGAAUGGAAAGAUGCCAGAGGGCCGUCUGGGACUGGAGUGUGUACCUGAGACCUGAGUUUGAAUUGGUUCACAUCUGUAGAAAGGUAGGUGCUGCUCGUAUUUAAAUAGGUGAAGCUAUUGCAGGAAACUUGAAAGGAAAAGAAAAAGAAACCGAAGCCAGUAUUUUAAUAAUUGUUUUUUUUUUUUCCUGUGUAUUUUCUACUGGGCUGAGGGAUACCGUCCAAGGGCGAGCUUUUCUAGCUUUCUGUGAAAAGUCCCAGGAAGGUCUUCCUUUGGCCAUUUCUAUGGAAAUGUGGUGUCAGGUGAAUGAAUGGUAACGGUGCCCUCCAGUGGCUGGGAGACCUCAUUGCACAUUGUCGACCAGAGCUUUAAUUCUCUGAAACCAGAAGACACUUACCUGCAUCUACCAUGUUGUGAUAACAAAACCUACACUGUGCCAGGCCCAUCCCAGGACGUGGACAUGCUCACACCCUCUUUCACCAGGGUGUUUCUGUAGCAGAUUUUCAUAUUCUUUUCAAACGAUGCUUUCCCU